AUGGACAUGGGACCACUCGUAGCGACCGUUGACUUGCAAUUGGUGCAGGAACGCAUGAGUGUGCAGCAAUUUCUGCUCGAGGGUCGUGUUCAGAGCGCACGCGGCAUGCGGGCGCGGUUGGUGAACAUGGAGCCCCACUUGCUGCAGAAGGAGAGCGCGAUGGACUUCUUGUUGGCGAAACAAGAGCUGAUUGAGCUGAUCAAACGUCAGGAGAUCGAAGAAGCGUUGCAGUUUGCAAUCGAAAACCUCGCACCAUUCGGUCGAGCGAGCCCCCAUUUUCUCCGUGAGAUCGAACAGACAAUGUCACUUGUUGCGUUCCAAAAUCCGUCCGAGUCGCCACUGGGGCAUUUGCUGGAGCAAUCUCAACGCUGCCGUGUGGCGAGCGAAGUCAACUCGGCGAUCUUGCGAAGCCAAGUGCAGGAACCCGAGCCCAUGCUGUCCUUGAUGGUCCAGCAAUUCCAUUACAUGGAUGAACAGCUGGAAACUAAGCUCAGCCGUCGCUCGCAUGGCAUCCGAGUUGACGACUCGACACGCUAG